UUGGUCUUGUGGUGAACAAAGGUCAGGACCAUGUCUGUCCUCACUGCCAGGGCUGCAGACAACACCAAGGUGGUCGGCAAGAUGGGCUUUGAGUUCCAGCAGAACGCACCGUCUGACAAUGACUCGGGCUGCUCUCUGGAGGAAUACGCCUGGGUCCCACCGGGACUCAAGCCCGAGCAGGUUCACCAGUAUUUCCGCUGUUUACCGGAGGAGAACAUCCCGUACGUCAACAGCAUUGGGGAGAAAUUCCGCGUCAAACAGCUCCUGUACCAGCUGCCGCCACACGACAAUGACGAGAAGUAUUGCCAGUCUCUGGGUGAAGAGGAGAAGAUGGAACUGCGACUGUUCAGCGGGCAGCGCAAGAGAGAGGCCCUGGGCCGAGGAAUCGUCCAAGUCUUCCCGCUGACCGCGUCCGGAGCGCUGUGCGAGAAGUGUGGACUGGCCAUGAGUGGCGGUGACGUGGGCAUCUUUGCCCAGCGGGCGGGCGGAGGCACCUGUUGGCACCCGCACUGCUUCAGCUGCCACACCUGCCAGCACCUCCUGGUCGACCUCAUCUACUUCCACCAGCACGGCAAAGUCUACUGCGGCCGGCACCAUGCCGACCUCUUCAAACCCCGCUGCGCCUCGUGUGACCAGGUUAGUGGACAGCCGACACACUUAUAACCAUAUAACCAUAUAACAAUUACAGCACGGAAACAGGCCAUCUCGACCCUUCCAGUCCGUGCCGAACACAUAAUCUCCCCUAGUCCCAUAUACCUGCGCUCAGACCAUAACCCUCCAUUCCCUUCCCAUCCAUAUAACUA